CAUUCAUCACAUAUGUAGGCUUAUAUGUAAGUGCAUAUGUAACAUAUUGAAGGUGCUAUUUCAAAACUGUCCAAAGAUUUGAAUAUUAUAGAGUCACGUGUAUGUAACAGAUAUGCUUGUCAUGUGGAGCUUAAUGGUCUCACACCUGUCAGUGCUGGAUCAAUUAUUUCAACAUUUUAUGAAGCAGUAGAUAAAAGUAAGAUUUGGAUAGAAGAUUAAAAUGACAACCCUUCUUUGACCUACAUCGGGAACUUGAAUCAGCGACCACGGCCUUGUUGGAUGUAGCGGCAAAGAUUACAAGGGAAAAUAAAGAGCCUUUAGAUGUCGAGGUACCAACGCCAUCUUUCUCUCAGUCUACACCACAAACUACAGCAACAGAGAAACGUUACCAAAGUGAAUCAACAAAUCAAGUCACUAAACUAGUUCCAAACACAGAUGAUUUCUUGUUGUGGCUGAUCUACACGUAAUUAAAUCAUCACUACAAGAAAGAUAACUCUAAUAAUGACAACGCGUUUCGGGAAAGCCCACUAUUAUUUAAAGGAGGAAGUUCUGCAACUCUACACAAUUCUAGUCCUUUGAUUCCUCACAACAAAAAUACGCCUACUUAAGAUGCCUUCAAGAAUUCACGUCAAGUUUGUUACAGAGCGCAAGAAAUAUUUGGAAGAACAGAUAAAAGUUCUGGAACCUGUUUUGGGAAAUAUGAAAAAUGUUGUUGCAAAAAGUAAGGCGUGGCUAGAAGAAAAAACUGACCAAUCAUCUGUAAGCUACAUCGAGCUAUCACAAGAACUGGACACAGCAGCCACGGCCUUGUUGGAUGUGACGUCACAUAUUUCAAACGAGGACAACAUGGAUGUCAACAAACCAACGCCAUCUUUACCACAGCCUGACACACAGACAACAGCAACAUUUCUAACAGUAGAAUCAACAAGACAACUCAAGACACAAGUCACACAUACAGCGGACGAGGACAACAUGGAUGUCAACAAACCAACGCCAUCUUUACCACAGCCUGACACACAGAAAACAGCAACAUUUCUAACAGUAGAAUCAACAAGACAACUCAAGACACAAGUCACACAUACAGCGGGUAUAUUGAAGAACAUCCUGACCUAG